GGGGAGAUUCCUCGUUUGAGGUCAUAUAGCUCCUCCUUUUUUGCUUUCGUAAAAAAAUAAAUUCCUUUAAAAUUGAUAUUUUUUUAGCUUAAAAAAAUAAAAAUGAAGGAUAGUUGGAUUUCAUUAUGUAUUACAACAUCGAAAGAUUGAUAAAAUUCUGACUAAAUCAGUCAAGAUAACAAAUUUAUUUUUCUUAUUUUUCAUAAAAUCCGUCUGUGUUUCCCCCUUCUCUGUCUGUUUUCUUUCGAAGUCCAAUCACAUGUUUUUUCAAGGUCACAAGACACCGAGGGCGAAGAACGGAACUUUCUUAUUAUUUUUUUUUAUUAUCUUAAGUUAUUAUCAAACUAUCCCAGCUUUCGCCGUUUCUUAUUCCUUCCAGGUAAAGCAAUGUCUUUUAGGACUUCUCUAGACAAGUCGCCUAUCGUUUGGCGACACGUUCACAACUUUCUUAAGAAGCAAUCUCGCAAAAAUUCAGCUGCUGAAAAAGCAUGUCCUGAAAAUGCUAGUAUUGUGAUUGUGGGGGGAGGAGCUGUGGGCACAAGCAUAGCCUAUCAUCUCUCCAAACUUGGAAUGAAAAAUGUUCUUCUUUUGGAGAAGUCAGAACUUACUGCGGGGUCCACAUGGCAUGCGGCUGGUUUAGCAGCUCUAUAUCAUCCAGGCAUCAAUAUGAAGAGAAUUCACUAUUACAGCAUUAAUUUGUUUUCGCAAUUAGAAGAAGAAACAAAACAGCUUUUGAGUUACCAUCGACCGGGAAGUAUACGCCUGGCAACUAACGAAGAACGAAUGAAGGAAUUCAGAUACCAGAUGCAGAGGCAAGGAUGGCAGAAGGCACCACAGAAACUUAUUAAUCCUGAUGAAAUUUAUCAGCUGUGUCCUUUUCUGAAUAUGGAAGGCAUUCUAGGUGGAUUGUAUAAUCCAGCAGAUGGCCACAUUGAUCCUUACUCACUAACCAUGGCAUAUGCUGCCGGUGCUCGGAAGUACGGUAGUACCUUGAGUACUGAUACACCAGUCACUGGAAUGAAAUUACGAGCUGAUAGCAGGUGGGAAGUGGAAACAACCAAAGGAACCAUUAUCGCCGACAAGGUUGUCAAUGCUGCUGGUUUCUGGGCUCACGAAAUCGGAAGACUAUCUGGUGUGGAACUACCUCUUGUGCCCGUACAGCAUCAGUACAUGGUAACGAAACCCAUUCAGCAAAUCCAAGAUCUCAAACAAGAGCCACCAGUCUUGAGACACUUGGAGGGUUCUUUCUACAUGAGAGCUGAAAGAGGUGGACUGCUUGUCGGCCCCUACGAAUACUCCCACAAGAUGAAAAUAAUGGAAGACUGGCAUACACAAGUUCCUAAAGGUUUCGGUAAAGAGCUUUACCAACCUGAUCUCGAUAGACUGUCAGAUCAUUUAGAAGUUGCAAUGGAUUUGGUACCACUGAUACGAGACACUAGCAUCCAGACAGUUGUCAAUGGUCCUAUCAUGUACACACCCGAUCUUUUGCCUCUGCUAGGUCCAUUCUAUGGACUGCCAAACAUGUGGAUGGCCGUAGGUUUUGGAUACGGAAUAAUACAUUCUGGAGGGGCAGGUAGAUAUCUCGCCGAAUGGCUACUGAAAGGAGAACCACCCUACGAUUUAAUAGAGACAGAUCCAAACAGAUUCGGAAAGUGGACCACAAAAGAGUAUGUGUUUUCAAAAUCCCGAGAGACAUAUGGGAUGAACAACAGUUAUACUUAUCCGAAAGAAGAGAGAUCCGCUGGUCGCCCAACAUCUCGUGUAUCCGGUGCCUACAAGAGAAUGGUUGAGAGAGGAGCUCAAAUGUCCUUUCACUCUGGUUGGGAGCAGCCUGCCUGGUUCGCAUUGGAUGGAGACAUAAAAGAAUACAAACCUAGUUUCAACAGAACAAACUGGUAUCAACCGGUCGGCAGGGAAUGCCGGUUGGUGAUGAACAAAGUAGGAAUCAUAGAUUUGACACCAUUUGCGAAAUUCCGAGUCUCCGGUGCUGAUGCUGGCUUAUUUCUGGACAAAAUUCUAGCCAACAAGUUACCAAAGAUGGGUAAAACUAAUAUUUCCCACCUGUUGACUGAGAAUGGAAAAGUGUAUGCAGAGCUCACUGUUACUAGAUUAGAUGAAAACUUGUUUCUCUUGAUCACUGGCUCUGGAUCAGAAAUACACGAUCUCAGGUACUUAGAAGAGAAAGCUCGAACCUGGAAGAGUGACGUCCGAUUCGAGAAUGUGACUGAUGAGGUAGCCUGUUUGAGCGUAGCCGGUCCUCUCUCCAGACAAGUUCUGCAGAAGCUCACAAGUGUGAAUAUGGAAGAUUUUCCAUUCUUGGCGACGAGGGAGAUGCAAAUUGGUGGGAUUCGAGUAACAGCAAUAAGGAUUUCAUACACAGGUGAAUUGGGAUGGGAGUUGUACCACAAUUCUGAAGAUACUGCCCAACUAUAUGAAUCCCUACUGGAAUCUGGAGAGGAAUUUGGGAUCGGAGAUUUCGGUACUUAUGCCUUAAAUUCAUUGAGGUUGGAAAAAGGAUUUCGGAUGUGGGGAGCGGAGAUGAAUAUGGAUACAAAUCCCUUUGAAGCGGGACUUCACAGUUUCAUUGACAUGAAGAAAAAAGAUUUCAUAGGAAAAGCUAGUUUGGAAAACAUUUUACGAAAUGGAUUAGAAAAGAAGUUGGUCUACCUGAAAGUGGACACCGCGGACAUUGAUCCAGAGGGCAAUGAAAGCGUCCAUUGCUCUAACAAGAUUGUAGGCAAUACAACAUCAGGUUCAUUUGGAUACACUGUCGAUCAUAGUUUGGCUUUCGCCUAUCUACCUCCGUUUUUAGCUGUUCCGGGAACAGAAGUCGAAGUGGAACUGCUUGGACAACUACACCCAGCAAAGGUAUUAAAGAAUCCCCCAGUGCAGAUCGAAUCACUCAGAAGGCAUAAAACCCUUGUUUCAUAACCCUUUGACUUACACGCUGAUCAACUUAUUCGGGUUGUUUUAAAGUAACCCAGUGUAUUAAAUGUGGUUGUAUGUAUAGAAGAGGAUGAACAAUUUUUACAAGCAACUUUCAUCAAAUGAAAAGUGAGAAUUCACUUUGUUUCAUGCAUCUUUUUCAAUGUUUUUUUUUCUGCUUUUUUUAAAAAUAAAAAUAGAAUUUUAUUA